UUUUUUUUUAUUAUUCAUUUACACAAUUUGGUGGCGAGAAGCUUCUUGGGUAUAUAGACAUAAGAAGAGGAAAUAUUGUGCUUAUUUCUUCAAUGAGACCAUCAGUGGUAGGACACCGAUCCCCAUACGUAUAUACAAAACAUACAUACAGUCACACACGUAGAAAGUAAAGCCAUAUAUGUUUAGAUUGAAAAUGGCCAAAAAUAACGAAAUUAUUAUCCAAGUAAACUUACUAAAUGCUAAAUCAGAAGGGAAGAGAAAUCUCACAGAAGGUGUUACAGAGAUAUGUCCCCAGAAAGGUAUGAAUCCCGGAUUUUGUGAAGAUGAUGAGUGUAUAAAUCGAGAAUCAGAUAUCAAUGUUACACCUGAUCAACCUGUAAGGACAGUGGAGUGUACACCGGAGGGUCACACAUCAAGUCAAUGUUCUUCUUUCAUGAAAUAUCUAUCUUAUGUUUUUAUAUUAUACAACAAUGUGUUGGGUUUUGGUUUUGCUUAUUCUCUCGGAAUUCUAUACACCUACUUUAUAAGAGAAUUUAACACUACAAAAUCUGAAACAGCCAUGAUAACAUCUGCAUGUAGUGCAACUUUGGGUGGUGCAGGAAUAUUUGCAGGAAUGUUGUACAGAAAAAUUGGUAUUGGACGGUCAUAUAUCCUUGCCAGCGCUUUGUGUUCAAUUGGUUUGUUUGCAAGUAGCUUUACACCAAACAUAUGGUUUCUGUUUUUCUCACUUGGAAUCUUAUUUGGUUCUGGAGCAGCCAUCAACAAUAUCGUCAGUUACGCAGCCUUGGAGAAAUUAUUCCACCAAAAUGUUCAAAUUCUAUCCAUUAUACUGACAUUAUGUGCCCCAUUCGGAAUUUUAUGUGUACCAUAUUUAGUAAAUUUUUUAUUAAAUAUCUACUCUUGGAGAGGAGCUUUGUUGAUUAUUUCUGGCUUCUGUUUGAACAUGUGUUUUUCAGGAUUGUUAUCGAAAGUUGAUAGAAAACCAAAAUCUGAUGCGAAGGUUGAACGACUAAAAAUAUUUGAUAUAAAAAUAUUGAAAAACAAACGUUUCUUGAUAUUAUCAACUAGUGCAUCAGUAAAUACAUGUUGUGGUUCCCUUCUUCUGCUCCUUAUUGUAGAUUUUUGGGUUGGAAAGGGUCAUCCAAUGUUAGAGGGUAUUACACUAGUUACUUUUGUAAGUAUUUCAAGUUUGGCAAGCAGACUUGUCUUUUGCUUCUUCAGCCUCUUAUUCGACAUAAGACCAGUACUCAUUCUCAUAUUUUACAUAGUUUGUGGUACUAGUGGAACGUUCUUCAUUUUUGCUCCUUUGUGUGAUACUUAUUCACCAUUAGUGUUCCUGAUAGUCUUGAAUGGAUUUUCUCGCGGCUUGUUCUCCACAUUACGUCCCCUGGUCUUCAAAAAAGUUGUCGGUAUUGAAGCUUACCCACUAGCGAUUGGUUAUACUUACACUGUAACUGGUAUAUGUGCAAUACCGAUGGCAACUAUUGUAGGUAAAAUCACAGAUCUUACACAGAGUUAUGACUUUGCUUUUUAUCUCACUGGACUAUUUGAAAUUCUUAUGGUUUUGUUAUUAGGAUCUACAUACAUACUUAUUACUUGUAUGAGAAAAAAGAAUCAUAAAUUUAAACUUGAGAAUUAGCCAACAGAAAUGAAGCUACAUUCUGAAAAUGGCUGCACAUGAUUCUACAUUUCAUAAGAAAGUUCUCAGUUGUAUACACGGAAUAUAUAUAAAGCAAUAUAUCUUACUAUAUUCAGUUUUGAUGUUCUUGUAUUCUGGAUUGGAAAAACUGCUUGUCUACACAACAAAUUGCCCAUGAGGAAAGCUUGAGCCUACAAGAAAUUCUCUAUGUGUUCUCUCAAUUUGACUUUGACAUCUUAAGAAUGGUUGAAUAUAGUACAUAAUUCACUGGAUAAUAUGCUAAAGGAGGAAGCGGUUACAGUUAAAAAGUUGCGGAACAAUAAAGAUUUAUCACAGAGACCUCUAUCAAGAAAAUAAAUACAGCAAACACACUGAAUGGUUAAAUCUUGAAAGCUGAGAUUCUAGUCAAAGUAAUAAACAACAUUUCAAAAGUUGACAGCACUAAAAUGAACUUAGAGAUAUCUAAACUGGAAACACAAACAUCAAAACCUCACUUACCGAAACCCACACAUCUCAAAAAUCCUUCCCACAUCUGAAGACCUUCUGUGAAUUCAGAUAACAAAUCUAAACACAGCACUUGACACAUAAAAUGCAUAUCAAGAAAAAUAACCAAUAUGCGCACAUAAACAUAGAAUUAUAACCAAUCUGCAAUACAGCAUUAAUGAUCUAAAAAUCACUUUUAUGUAACUAAAAGAAACUUCAUAAUCACUGAUAUCAUUCACUGUCUUGAAACAGACUUUAACAUUUUUAUGUAAGUGCUUGUCCCGACUCAUCCCAUUUUCUGGAGUGUUAAGAAAUGAAAUAACAAGACCCUGCUCUGGACAGGAUGCCAGUCCAUUGUAAAAUUAACUCCAGCAACUGCAUAUAAUAAUUUUAAACUGUAUAGAGUAGAGUAAUCUGUAUAUCUAUAAAAGGCAGGAUGUGUGUGUGUGUGUGUGUACGUGAAUGUAAUUUAUGCAUAAUUUUAGGACAUUCAUCACAGCCCUAGCUGGGUUUUUGUCAACUUAUUUUUCCUGAGGCACCCACGGAUAGCAGUAAAAAUCGAUUUUCAACAAUAACUUUUACCCAUUUUGAAGUUUGCUAACAUGAGUUAAGUCCCCUUCUUGCCAUAAGGAAGUGAAAGUGUGUGUGUGAGGACGAGAGAAGUUGUGUGUUGAUGUGUGUGUGUGUGUGUGUGUGUGUGAGGGAGAGAGAGUUUGACAGCAUCUAACAAAACAAAAAAUGUAAAGAGAAAGUGUAUGCAAGGGCGAGAGAGAGAGAGAGAGAGAGAGAGAGAGAGUUUGACAGCGUCUAACAAAAAGAAAAUGUGAAGAGAAAGUAUGUGUGAGGGAGAGAGAGAGUAAGUGACAGCGUUCAUCAAAAAUAAAAAUGUAAAAUGUUUUUUUUUUCUUAAACACAAGAUAUAGUCUUCAAAUUUAGGAUGUUUUUGAAAGACACUAUAUUUUAUAAUCAGAUUAUAUAUACUUUCUCACAUAACAAUUAAAAUAUAUUUAUUUUAAA